UUGUCUUCUCUAUGUUUCAUCGUCCUAUAUAUAUUCUCGUUGAUCUUUGCAAAUCUGGACCAUUGCAGCACAGAGCCACAGACACGGUAAGGAAAAACUAGUGCAAAUCUCUUGAUCGAAGCAAAUGGAUGCUACUCCGGCGAUGUUGGCGGCGGCCGCAGUCGCCAUCCUCGCCGUUGUUGCAUCGCUCCCACUACUGCGCCGCCUCCUCUCUGCCAGCUCCGGCGGCAAGAAGACGAAGCCCCCACUGCCUCCCGGUUCGUUCGGUCUACCUUUCAUCGGGUAGACGCUCAGCCUGGUUCGCGCCCUCCGCGCCAGCACCGCCGACGACUGGCUCCGGCGCUACGUGGUCGCGUACGGCCCCGUGUCGCGUCUGUCCCUCUUCGGCUGCCUGACGGCCUUCCUCGUUGGCCCCGCCGCCAACAAGUUCAUCUUUGCCAGCGCCGCGGUGACCGCCAAGACCGCCAAGACCCCCGAGUCCCUCGCCCGGAUGGUCGGCCGCCGGACGAUCCGGGAGGUGGUCGGUGACGAGCACCGCCGAGUCAGGGCCACGAUGGCGCAGUUCCUCAGGGUGGACGCCGUCAAGAGGUACGUCGCCGGCAUGGACGGAGAGGUCCGGCGCCACCUCGACGCCGAGUGGUGCUGCCGCGGUGCCGUGACCGUGAUGCCGUCGAUGAAGCUGCUCACCUUCGACGUCAUGUGCACCGCCAUAUUCGGCCUGGGGAGGGACGCCGCCGUACGGCGGGAACUGUGGACGGAAUUCCAGCAGCUGGUGAGGGGCAUCUGGGCGGUCCCGGUCAACCUGCCCUUCACCAUCUACAGCCGCUGCCUCGCCGCGAGCCGGGAUUAAAUCGUCCGUGGAAAGGAUUGCAGGCGCCCGACAGUGGCGGGUGGCCGCCCGGCGCAAGCAGCCUCCACGUCGACCUCUCUGGAAUUACAGCACCACAUGAAGCUAUUCUCAGUAUCCCUCCAGGUAUCCCUCCAUUUGACCCCGAGUACACUCUCAAGAUGGAGAUCUUCAAGGCGGACAUCAAUGCCGGCAUAUGGGUUUCAGUCACGGGUCGUGAUGCGCUACCUGAAGGUGAGGCACUCUUUCUCAGCCAUCAUUCAGAAAGUCCACCCAUGUGUAUGGAGACAUGGAGGAGGGUUGUGUCGCGACUGUAGCCCCUUUAUUCACGGGUCAA